AUGCUACAUAAACACACUUUGCAGACCACGGGUGGAAACCACCAGAGCCGUGACGGCAGCGGCAAACAUGCAGUCUCAAACAGCUACAAGCUAUUGCCAGAAGAUCUGCAGAAAGUGGCACUUGACGGCGACUUUAAGGACCCCAACAGCCACAGCAUUCUACACAAUCAUUAUACAAUCCCACAAUCGGGCGUGCCAUCGGAUACGGCUUAUCAACUGGUGCACAAUGAACUGACGCUGGAUGGAAACCCACACUUGAAUCUCGCCAGUUUCGUCAACACUUCUGCAAGCGACGUAGCGCGCAGAUUGAUUCAGGAAAAUGUGGCCAAAAACUUGGCUGACAACGAUGAGUAUCCACAGCUGAUUGAAAUUACACAGCGGUGCAUUUCGAUGUUGUCGCAGCUGUGGAAGGCAGACCCGGCCAAAGAACCGCUAGGUUGCGCCACGACCGGGUCCAGUGAAGCCAUCAUGCUGGGCGGACUGGCCAUGAAAAGACAAUGGGAAAAACGCAUGAAAUCGGCGGGCAAACCAACCGACAAGCCCAAUAUCAUCAUGUCGACCGCCGCCCAGGUGGCUUUAGAGAAGUUUGCACGCUACUUUGACGUGGAAUGCCGUUUGGUCCCCGUUUCUCACGAAUCGGGCCAUCAUUUGGACCCCAAAAAACUGUGGGAUUACGUAGACGAAAACACCAUUGGUGUGUUUGUCAUUCUGGGCACAACUUUCACGGGCCAUUUAGAAAACGUUGAAGAAGUUGCAGACUCUCUGACGCAGAUUGAGAAGCAGAACCCCGGCUGGAGUAACAUCAGCAUUCCCAUUCACGUUGAUGGUGCCUCUGGUGGGUUUGUGGUCCCAUUUGCUUUCACCCAGGAGCAAAUGAACAGUUAUAACUUGGGCAGGUGGGGGUUCAACCACCCUCGUGUGGUGAGUAUCAAUACCUCGGGUCACAAGUUCGGUUUAACCACUGCAGGUCUUGGCUGGAUCUUGUGGAAAGAAAAUGAGUACCUGCUACCGGAGCUGAGGUUCAAACUUUCAUAUUUGGGAGGCGUUGAAGAAACCUUCAAUCUCAACUUUUCAAGACCGGGAUUCCAGGUUAUACACCAGUAUUACAAUUUCUUGAAUCUCGGUAUGAAAGGCUACAAAAAAUUGUUUGAAACGUCGCUUUUCUCCGCAAGACUAUUCAGUUUGGCACUUUUGGAAAGUGACGAGCUUAAGGGCAACUUCGAAGUUAUCAGUAAUGUACAUGAGAGGCUCGACGGUAGCAAAGCCACCUUGGGUGACUGCUUGAAAAAUCCGGAGCUUUACAAACCUGGUGUUCCUCUGGUCGCUUUCAAGUUGUCCAAGCAAUUCCACGAGAAAUAUCCGGAAAUUCCACAGGCCAUGCUGUCGUCUUUGUUGAGGGGCAAAGGCUGGAUAGUGCCGAAUUAUCCUUUGCCCGCGUCAACGGACGGUAGUGACAAAUGGGAGGUUUUAAGAGUGGUUUUUAGGUCAGAAAUGAGUCUUGACUUGAUUCAGCUGUUCAUUCAUCACAUUUAUUUGGCAAUGGAAAAGCUCAUUACUUGUUACGAGAGUAUACCUGAGUUCCAAUCCACGGACGAGAAGAAAGAUGCGAUUUACAAGAUGUUGUUGACCCUGGCUGCUCCAGAAAGCUCGGAAGAGGAGCAAGUACAGCAUGACAAGAGGAAAAAGAAGAACUACAGGGGUACCUGUUAG